AUGGUGCCUAAUAUAUCUACCAUUGCGGCCAUUGGAAUUCUGUGUGUUUUUAUUUUUAAAUUCCUCAUCUUACCAUUGUUUUUAUGUCCUUUAAGUCGCAUUCCUGGUCCGAAGAUAUACGCGCUUACAAAGUGGCGUCUUGCGUACGAGGACUGGAAGGGCACACGAACUCGUACGAUUUUGAGACUGCAUCAAAAACAUGGGCCAGUUGUCCGAGUUGGUCCGCAAGAAGUAUCGUUCAGUAGUCUUUCUGCUUUGCGUACCAUAUAUGGCGCUGGGAGCGGCUUUGAGCGGACAUCUUUCUACGAUAUGUUCGACGUCUACGGCACGAAAAAUUUGUUUACAUUUCACUCCGUCAAACAGCAUGCAGACAGAAAAAAGCUUCUGGCUUAUGCGUAUUCCAAAUCAGUCAUGGUGAAGGGACGGAAUGCCUCCAUUGUGCAGAGCAAGGUACGAGAUUAUUUGAACUUCAUUGAGACUGAUCGAGCCCGUGCAGAAGAGAUUUUCUCAGGUCUGCAUUAUUUCUCCAUAGAUACCAUCACAGAGUUUCUUUACGGAGACUUUGGAAAGACUGAAUGUAUGAGAGGAAAUGAGAUACACAGAGCUCUCUUGAACGACAUCAUGGACUUGUCCCGAAGGAAACUUUCAUGGUAUGCGGUGCACCUGCCCACUUAUACAAGGUGGCUGUAUUCUCGUACAGGAAUACCGCAAAGCUUAGCUCGAUGCCUGUACCCCAUGGCAAAGCCGACUACCUAUACGGGCAUUCGAGAACAUGCCUUAAACGCUUGGAGAUGCUUCAGAGCAGCACCAGAGGCAACAAAAAUAAAGCAAGAUACAAUCAUCAGCAAGUUGUGGCUGCAUCACAAAAGUCAGAAAGCAGAAGGCUUGAGUGAUCUCGAUAUUGCAUCAGAAUGUGCGGAUCACUUAUUGGCAGGUAUCGACACAACCGCAGACGCGCUUAUGUUCCUGAUCUGGGCACUUUCCCGCCCACAAAACCAAGAGUUUCAACGUAAGCUACAGGAGGAGGUUCGGAGAGUGAGAGAUUCUAAAAAUGAAAUGCUCGAUGUUCACGAAUGUGACAAACUUCCUUACCUGAAUGCGGUGAUUAUGGAAACUUUGAGGCUAUAUGCACCGUUGCCUGCUUCUGAGCCACGGUCUCACCCUCAGGAUGUUACAAUUGAUGGUUUCAGGAUACCAAGAUCAACAGUCGUCAGUGUUGCACCUUUCACCUUGCACAGAAAUCCAGAGGUGUUCGUUAAUCCUCUGAUAUUUGAUCCAACACGCUGGCUUGGCCAAAAAGGAAACUUGCAAGAACUGAAGAAAUGGUUUUGGGCCUUCUCAAGUGGGGGGAGGAUGUGCAUUGGAAUGCAUCUCGCAAUGGCAGAGAUGAGCACGCUCGUUGCUGCGAUUUAUGCUAGAUACUCAACUACAUUAAGAAAAAGCAUGUUCAACGUUGCCCCGGGUGUGACCAGUCGCUUCGAAGUCUUUCAUGACGACUUAAUGGAAAGGAUCUCUGAACAUGAAUGUCACAUUCAUUUCAGGAAGCUUUGAGGUGACUGCUUCAUAACCUUCGACUGGCCUUUUAUCAAGAAAUAAAUAGUUUUCAGCAGUUCAUCCACCAUCGAACGCCAUGCAAUGCACUAUAGCAAC